GAUCGCGGUGCUGAAAUCACGGCGCACAACAACAACAAUGUAACGGCGAUGAAAGACACAAGAGUAGAUUUACAUCAUGGACGAUGACCUGUUCCAGCUUAGACAGCUGCCUGUUGUGAAGUUUCGGCGUACAGGUGAUAGCACAUAUUCAGAGUAUGAGUGUGGAACAAGGGAUCAGAUGGUGCAGGUCGAAGGUGGAACCAUUGAUGCAGGAUCUAUGGCUCUGUCUGAUGGAGCUCCAGUACCGCAAGAGUUUGCCAACCCCACUGACGAUACCUUCAUGGUGGAAGAUGCUGUGGAAGCCAUUGGCUUUGGUCCAUUUCAGUGGAAGCUUUCUGUCCUCACAGGCCUUUCCUGGAUGGCAGAUGCUAUGGAGAUGAUGAUCCUCAGUAUCUUGGCCCCUCAGCUGCACUGUGAGUGGAGGCUCCCCAACUGGGAGGUAGCACUGCUCACUUCGGUGGUGUUUAUUGGCAUGAUGAUCAGCUCUUCAUUAUGGGGAAACAUAUCUGAUAAAUACGGGCGAAAAACAGGUCUGAAGAUGAGUGUUCUGUGGACUCUGUUCUAUGGCAUCCUCAGUGCAUUCGCCCCUAUUUAUGGCUGGAUUUUGUUCGUCCGAGCUCUGGUCGGUUUCGGUAUUGGAGGAGCUCCUCAGUCAGUGACACUGUAUGCGGAGUUUCUGCCCAUGCGCUCCCGAGCUACAUGCAUUCUGCUCAUUGAGGUGUUCUGGGCCCUGGGCACAGUGUUUGAGGUGCUGCUGGCGAUCUUGGUCAUGCCGACGUUGGGCUGGCGCUGGCUACUCGCUCUGUCCACAAUCCCACUCUUCAUCUUCGCCAUCCUCUGCUUUUGGCUGCCCGAGAGUGCCCGCUAUGAUGUUCUGUCUGGAAACCAAGAGAAAGCUCUGAACACACUCAAACGCAUCGCUACAGAGAAUAACGUCCCCAUGCCACUGGGCAAACUCAUAGUGGCACGCCAGGAAGACAGAGGGAAGAUUAAGGAUCUAUUUUUGCCUCAUUUCCGCUGGACUACAGUUCUCCUCUGGUUCAUAUGGUUCUCUAAUGCGUUCUCCUACUAUGGCCUUGUACUACUGACCACAGAGCUUUUCCAGGAGGGCGGCGCCUGUGGACAGACUAACGGCAGUAAAACAGAGCUGAGGUGUAAUCUGGAGUGCAAGUACUUGAACUCCGAUGAUUACAAAGACCUGUUGUGGACAACGCUUUCAGAAUUCCCAGGUCUUCUGGUGACAUUGUGGGCGAUCGAUAGGCUGGGUAGGAGGAAGACCAUGGCACUGUGCUUCCUCGUCUUCUCACUCUGCAUCGUGCCGCUCUAUGCCUGCGUGGGCAGGACGUCUUUAACAGUGCUGAUCUUUAUUGCGAGGGCAUUUAUUGCUGGAGGUUUCCAGGCAGCCUACGUUUACACACCUGAGGUGUAUCCGACAGCGACGCGGGCUCUAGGUCUGGGCAUGAGCAGUGGCAUGGCCCGUGUUGGGGCUCUCAUCACACCCUUUGUGGCUCAGGUGAUGCUGGAGUGGUCAGUGUAUCUGACUCUGUCGGUAUACUGCUGCUGCUGCCUGCUGGCCGCCGUGGCAUCGUGUGCUUUACCCAUAGAGACAACGGGCCGAGGCCUCCAGGAGUCCAGCCACAGAGAGUGGGGCCAAGAGAUGAAGGGCCGAGACUCCAUCCCUCGCUCUAACUCCUCAUCCACCUCCCAGCAAUGAGAGAGGAGGAGAGAGGGUAGGACAGGAUAAAGAGGGAAAAGUGAGAUAAUGUUGGUGUGGGAAAAUAAGGACAGAUGAAGAAAAUGGGGGAAUAGACAGAGGAGUCAGUACAAAGAUUGAGGGAAGGAAAUAAUGAAGGGAAAAGUUAAAAAAGUAAUGCGGAAGAAAGAGACUGACAGAGGAGGGAGAAAGAGAAGUUUAUUUGUAUAAUGUAUGAAGAAAAUGGGAGUCAAGCACCAAAGCCUGAAUUAUGAAUCACAUGAUUCAUGUAGUCACAUGAGACUACUUGAUUCAGCAAGUCAAAUGCUUGGUGGACUUGCAAAGAAGACAGUCUGUAUUCUCUCAUAUACUGGAACAGUGUGUAUCCCAUCUGCUGAAAGCAGACAUGCACAUCAGGAGCUGCUUGAUGACUGUAAUCACACUAAUUCACCUGUGUUAAAUAUUAUCUCCGACAAAAGCUUGAUAAUGGUCAAUGGAUGAUGUUCACCAUUCACUGGAUGCUUCACGCAGAUAUUAAUCAUUAGUACUGCUGAUAAGGAAAUGGUGGCCAGUAUGAGCCUCACUUUUGCACGAUGCAAAUGAGGUUGUGCGAACAGAUCUCUGCUACUUUGCUUUUGUUGUUGACUGACUCAGCCUUUUUAUUUUUUUAAGAGUAAAAUAUCUCAAACAAAAGAAUAAAACAAAAAUGAGACGUAGACAAUUUUACACUCAUCCCAAACGUUGCCUAUUAGUUAAGACAUGUUUGGUGUCUGUAGAUUGCUUCUUUCGUUACGAUGUUAACGUAGCUAAGAAGUAAUAGAAACUUCUAGAAUAUAGCACUGUGCAAACUGCUCGACGUCCGACACCAGACAACCCCAUGACUAUUCAAAAACGUUCUUACUUAGCUGUCUUUUUUUUUUAUAUAGUUAAAGCAAAAGUUGAUUCAGGAUGUUGCUAUUUUUAAAAAUAUUUUAUUAGUCUAGUUAAAUGCUGAUUAAAAAAAAUCUAAGAACACAUUAAACGGCUUUAAUGACUUUUAGGCUAUGCUGUUCUCCAAGAAAAUAAAUAAAUCCGUGCAAUAAUGUGCCAAACAAUAAAUAUGUGUUAAGGAUGAACCAAUUCUUAAAAUUCACUCGUGUAGAUGACUUGGCAGUGCAGCUGAAAUCGUUGAUUCUGAAACUGAGUGUGUGCAACGUGGAAGCUCGUGUCCAUCAAUGGAGCCCUAUUUAUAGCUCGAUGUCCGGCCUGCUUUGGAUGUUAUGUCAACAGCAGUUUCAGGGAUAUUUUCCGAAGUUGAUAAUGACUUAGGAGUUGAAACUUCAUGUUCAACUUCAGCCUCAGUAGCCUGAAUAUGCUCUUUUGCACAGUGCUGGUCAUCACGAUGGAAUGCACCAUGACACAGUGCACGGGUUUUACUUCAAAAUUUACUUGGCAGUAGUAACUCCAAGACCUGCUGGGAUUGCUCACAACUCCUUUGGGCAGGAUGGAAAAAAAAACACCAAAAAAAAAAAAAAAAACAUCGAACCUCCACCCUUGAACAACAAAAAAAAUCUGAUAUGAAACUGACAAUACUCCAUUAAAGCAAUAGAAAUCUAUUUUAAAGUCUCAGUGUAGUCUCACACAUUGUGCAGUUGACUGUAGAAUUGGAAGCUUCGUCUAAACAGAAAUAUUUUCUUUAGUGCCUGCAUCUGACAUUUUUUUCCACCACCCCAACUAAUCAGCAGCUCCCCCACAGCAGAGUUAACUAGAUAUUAGUAGUGUAAGCAAGCCCAAGUCUGACACUGUAUGACACACUAUGAUCUUAUCCUGAAUUCUUCUGUUUUUGUGUAUAUCUCAUACCAUAUAGUUUUGGAACUUCAAACGAAAUACAACAUAAAACAAAGGCAACCUAAGUAA